GGAAGACGACGCAUACAGACGAGAUGUAUUCUGUCUGAAAAAGAACAAAAUAACGUGCUGCGCUGAGUUUGGUUGAAAGCUGAACUCUUAAUUUUUCGGUAACUGUUAAAGAAACAUUUGAAGAGCUGCUGACAGCAGAGAUAUUGAGAAAGCGGCACACAGUUAAAAAGGAGGACAAAGAGGACAGCAUCAUGGAGGCUGCUUUCUACCCCAGAGUUCUGCUGCACAGAUUAGAUGUUAAGCAGAUGCUGGUGGUGAAGGCAGAAGAUCCUGAAGUCCACAGACCUUGUGCUGACCUGCUGGACCCUAAGCCCCAGCACAUAAAGAAGGAACAGGAGGAAGUCUGCACCACUCUGGGGGGAGAGCAGUUCAGUGUGAAGAAGGAGAUGGAUGUCAUCAGGUUUCCAGUCACUGGUAUCCUCAUAAAUUGUUUUAAUGACAAGCAAUCCCCUCUGCUCUCACAGCGUUAUCCCCAUGAGAUUAAAAACAGAGAAGUUCAAGAAGAGAACAACGGAGUAGGAUUCAUCAGAACAAAAGAGGAAGAGGAUGAUGGUAUAAAGCACCCCGUCUCCGAGCUAAAACAAGUGUCUGACUCAGGACUAAAAUCAAUGUACACAGACAAUAACUGGAAGGAGUGCAGAGCUACUGAGUCAGAUGAAAACAUUGUUAAAAAACCUAUCUCCUCUGAGUUUGCUGAACAAUUUGUCAACGGUUGCACUCUUCAGAAACAAAUUACAGAUUCAGAUAUGGGGUCUUCAAAUUCUCUUGAUAAGAAAUGUGUUACAGACAAGACAAAUGAGGACUCAGCUAGGAAAGAACAGACAGGAGUUAAAUUUAGCUGUGAAGACUGCGGUAAAACAUUUAUUGGAAAGAAUAGUUUAAACAGACAUAAAAUGACAAGCCACACAGAACAAAAAACAUUCUGCUGUGAUCUGUGUGGACAAAGAUUUAGCUGUAAGUCAACUUUAAAUAGACACAUGAUAAGUCACAGAGGAGAGAAAUCUUUCUGUUGUGAUCUGUGUGGACAAAGAUUUGCCCAUAAAGCAUAUAUAAACUUACACAUGAGAAUACACACAGGAGAGAAACCAUUUUGCUGUGAUAUUUGUGGACAAAGAUUUAGUAUUAAAUCAAUUUUAAACGCACACUUGAGAAUCCACACAGGCCAUAAACCAUUCUGCUGUGAUCUUUGUGGACAAAAAUUCAGACAAAAAACUAUUUUAAACCAACAUAUGAGGAUCCACACAGGCGAGAAACCAUUCUGCUGUGAUCUAUGUGGACAACGAUUUGGCACAAAACCAUAUUUAAACACACACAUGAGAAUCCACACAGGACAGAAACCAUUCUGCUGUGGUGUAUGUGGACAACGAUUUAGCACAAAACAAAAUUUAAACACACACAUGAGAAUCCAUACUGGAGAGAAACCUUUCUGUUGUGAUCUUUGUGGACAAAGAUUUAGCUGCAAGUCAAAUUUGAACAGACAUGUCAGAAACCAUGCAGGAGAGAAACCAUUUUGCUGUGAUCAAUGUGAACAAAGAUUUAGCCGUAAAGCAUAUUUAAAUUUGCACAUGAGAAUCCACACAGGAGAGAAACCAUUUUCCUGUGAUAUUUGUGGACAAAGAUUUAACAUGAAAUCAAACUUAAGCACACACAUGAGAAUCCACACAGGACAUAAACCAUUCUGCUGUGAUCUGUGCGGACAGACAUUCAGACGAAAAACUGCUUUAAACCAACACACGAGAUGUCACUCAGGAGAGAAACCGUUCUGCUGUGAUCUUUGUGGACAAAGAUUCAGCAAAAAAAACAAUUUAAAUCGACACACGAGAAGCCACUCAGGAGAGAAACCAUUCUGCUGUGAUCUUUGUGGACAAAGAUUUAGCAAAAACACAAAUUUAUAUCGACACACAAGAAUCCACACAGGAGAUAAACCAUUUUGCAAUGAUCUAUGCGAACAAUGAUUUAGCAUAAAAUCACCAGACUUAUUAGAAAAUGAACUGUGUAUCCAUCCCUACGGACACAUGUCUUUGGUUGACCACAAGAAAGGCAGGUCCUGUUAUACUUUUUUACAAGUUUCUGAUUAAAUCCACAUUACUGUGUAAAAAAUAUUAUUGGUCUAAUGUAAUAUUUCUAAGAUGUGUGUUUUCAUCAGCUGUAAGUAGAAACGUAACAUGACAA